GCUGCUGCUGGAAAGAGGGAGGGAGGAACGGGGACGGCUGGACUCCAUUAGCCGAAGCCCGAGGAAACACUUUGGGAUACUUCACUUCGGCGAGUUCUUGUUUUUUUCUUUUUAAAAAACAUCUUUAUACAUGGUGUGAUAGGGACCUGGACUUGUUGAAUAUCGUACGGUCGACAGUUUUUGCGCUUUUGCUCUCUGGGUUUGGUGUAUUUCUGAAGGAUGGCGCUGGACGGGAUCCGAAUGCCCGAUGGCUGCUAUGCCGACGGGACAUGGGAACUGAAGAUGCAUGUCACCGACCUCAAAAGGGACGUGUCUUUGAGGGUGACUGGGGAAAUCCAUAUCGGUGGUGUCAUGCUGAAACUAGUGGAGAAACUCGAUGUGAAGAAGGACUGGUCGGACCACGCGCUUUGGUGGGAGAAGAAGAAGACCUGGCUGUUGAAAACCCACUGGACGCUGGACAAGUACGGCAUCCAGGCGGACGCCAGGCUGCUCUUCACGCCGCAGCACAAGCUCCUGCGCCUGCAGCUGCCCAACAUGAAGCACAUGAAGGUCAAGGUCAACUUCUCCGACCGUGUCUUCAAGGCCGUCUCGGACAUCUGCAAAACCUUCAAUAUCCGGCACCCAGAGGAGUUGUCUCUUCUGCGUAAACCCCGCGAUCCGAAGAAGAAGAAGAAAAAGCUGGAGGAGGCAGAUGAGGAGGCCCUAGAGCUGGAGGGUCCCAUGCUGACGCCUGGAUCAGCCUCUGAGAUAAUAUUCAUCGGACCUGUCAAAGGAAGCAUCUACUCCAGCCCGGGUCUCUACAGCAAGACCAUGACCCCCACUUAUGACUCUCGGGAUGGCAGUCCCCUGUCCCCCACCACCGCCUGGUUCGGCGACAGCCCCCUGUCCGAGGGGAACCCCAGCAUCCUGGCCGUCAGCCAGCCCAUCUCCUCCCCGGACAUCCUGGUGAAGCUCUACAAGCCCCAGUCCCUCCUAGACAAGGCCAAGAUCAACCAGGGCUGGCUGGACUCCUCCAGGUCUCUGAUGGAGCAGGACGUGAAGGAGAACGAGGUGCUGCUUCUCCGGUUUAAAUACCACAGCUUCUUUGACCUAAACCCCAAGUAUGAUGCCAUCCGGGUCAACCAGCUCUAUGAACAGGCCAAGUGGGCCAUCCUGAUAGAGGAAAUUGAGUGCACCGAGGAGGAAAUGAUGAUGUUUGCUGCCCUGCAGUACCACAUCAACAAGCUGUCCAUCAUGUCCUCGGACCACCACAUGAACAACAGUGAGAAGGAGGUGGACGAGGUGGACGCCGCCCUGUCGGACCUGGAGAUCACCCUGGAGGGAGGCAAGACCUCCAACACGCUGGGUGAUAUCACAUCCAUCCCAGAGCUAGCCGACUAUGUCAAGAUCUUCAAGCCCAAGAAACUGACGCUGAAGAGUCACAAGCAGUACUGGUGCACGUUCAAGGACAUCACCGUCUCCUGCUACAAGACCAAGGAAGAGGCGCACGGCACCCCGGCUCUCCAGAUGAACCUCAGAGGCUGUGAGGUAACUCCAGAUGUCAACAUCUCCGGUCAGAAAUUCAACAUCAAGCUGCUAAUCCCCGUGGCGGACGGCAUGAAUGAGAUCUGGCUACGGUGUGACAUGGAGAAGCAGUACGCCCCCUGGAUGGCGGCGUGUCGCCUGGCCUCCAAGGGGAAGACGAUGGCGGACAGCUCCUACAACCUGGAGGUGCAGAACAUCCUGUCCUUCCUGAAGAUGCAGCACAUGAACCCCGACCCCCAGUACAUCGCCGAGCCCAUCACCACCGACAUCAACCCCGAGUGCCUGGUGUCGCCCCGCUACCUGAAGAAGUACAAGAACAAGCAGCCAGGCUUUAUCAGGGACUUGAUCUCGGCCAGGAUCCUGGAGGCCCACCAGAACGUUGCCCAGAUGAGUCUGAUCGAAGCCAAGAUGCGCUUCAUCCAGGCCUGGCAGUCGCUGCCCGAGUUUGGCAUCACACACUUCCUCGCCAAGUUCCAGGGCGGGAAGAGGGAGGAGCUUAUCGGCAUCACGUACAACCGUCUGAUCCGCAUGGACGCCAGCACCGGCGAUGCCAUCAAGACGUGGCGCUUCAGCAACAUGAAGCAGUGGAACGUCAACUGGGAGAUCAAGAUGGUGACGGUGGAGUUUGCGGACGAGCCCAGCCUGGCCUUCAUCUGUGCCGAGGUGGACUGCAAGGUGGUGCACGAGUUCAUCGGGGGAUACAUCUUCCUGUCCACGCGCGCCAAGGACCAGAACGAGUCCUUGGACGAGGAGAUGUUCUACAAGCUCACCAGCGGCUGGGUCUGAGGGGUCAGGGGUCAAG